UCCACCCAAAGGAACCAAAGUUAGACAGAAGCAGGUCCUGCCCAUACCUGGAUACCAUUAACAGAUCUGUUCUAGAUUUUGAUUUUGAGAAGCUAUGUUCAGUGUCCCUGUCCCACAUCAAUGUAUAUGCUUGCAUGGUCUGUGGCAAGUACUUCCAAGGCAGAGGAAACAACACUCAUGCCUAUACACACAGUGUAUUUGAGGGGCACCAUGUGUUUCUGAAUCUGGCCACACAGAAGUUCUACUGCCUGCCUGAUAACUAUCAGAUCAUUGAUUCUUCUCUUGAUGAUAUCAUUUAUGUACUAAAUCCUACAUUCACUGAUGUUAUGAUCAGAAAGUUGGACAAGAACCCAAAACUCUCCCGUGCUUAUGAUGGAACUACUUACUUGCCAGGUAUUGUGGGUCUCAACAACAUUAAAGCUAACGACUAUUGCAACGUUGUCCUCCAGUCCCUGUCCCAUGUUGCUCCUCUGAGGAACUAUUUCCUGAAGGAAGAAAACUACAAGAGAAUCAAGCGACCACCAGGUGAUAUCCAGUUCCUGUUGGUUCAGAGAUUUGGAGAGCUGAUUCGGAAGCUGUGGAACCCAUGUAACUUCAAGGCCCAUGUGAGUCCACAUGAGAUGCUCCAGGCUGUGGUGUUGUGCUCCAAAAAGAAAUUUCAGAUCACAGAGCAAGGCGACACAAUUGAUUUUCUGUCAUGGUUCCUAAAUGCCAUGCACUCUGCAUUGAAUGGCACCAGGAAGCUGAAUAGUAGCAUCAUCAAUAAAACCUUUAGAGGAAAGAUGAGAGUGUAUUCCCGCAAGAUCCCCAGUGUUGAUCUGAGUGAGCAUGAGAAAGCCAAGCUUCUACUGGAGGAAGGCUACCAAGAAAAGGUUGAAGAAAUGCCCUGGUUGUAUCUGACCUGUGACCUGCCUCCACCCCCUCUGUAUCCAGACGAGUCCAGGGAAAACAUUAUUCCACAGGUGCCAUUUGCCAACCUUUUGAAUAAGUUCAACGGAGUGGCAGAGAAAGAGUACAAGACACACAAGGACAGCACCUUGAAGAGGUUUGAGCUGACCCGCCUGCCGCCUUUCAUCAUUAUUUAUUUCAAGAGAUUUACCAAGAAUUACUUUGUGUUUGAGAAAAACCCAACAAUUGUCAACUUCCCUAUAAAAAAUAUAGAUUUUGGUGACCUUUUGUCACCUGAAGUUCGAGCCCACCACAAGCACACGACCUAUGACCUUGUCGCAAACAUUGUCCAUGAUGGAGAGCCAGGCAAGGGGAAGGGUAGCUACAGAUGUCAUGUCUUGCACAAGGGUCAAGGCAAGUGGUAUGAACUGCAAGAUUUGCAUGUGGCGGACAUUCUUCCUCAGAUGAUCACUUUGUCUGAGAGUUACAUACAGAUUUUUGAAGUGCGAAAAGACAUCCCAAAUCCAACCUUCAACCCAUCUCUUAAUGAAAUGGAUACAGAGGAUGAUGGUCCAACAGGAACAGACAAGUCUGGACAGCCAGUAAACACAAAGGAAAACAACUCCGGUAAUCCACUGCUGCAGGCUAAUGGUUCUUCUAAAGGUGGAGUUAACUAG